AAAUCAACCAUGAACGAGGCAAGACUUGCGAUUUUCUUUGUGUUAUCACUACUGGCAACCCUCUCCAGAUGCAGUCCAACUCGUUGGAAUCUGGUCGCGGAUGACGCCGGACGCCUUCACAUGGUAGACAUCAGCCCUUCCAGCGAAUCAUUCCAUUUGGACCACUACGAACCACUGUUCGAUCCCGAAACUGAUGUGAUCUUCCGAUUGUUCACCCGCUCCAAUCCGGACGAGCCGCAGAUUAUCCACUGGGACAACCCCGGUUCUUUGGCCAGUUCCAAUUUCAACCCAGCUCACCCGACUCGGUUCACCAUUCAUGGCUGGGUCAGUGGUGAAGAAGCCAACUUGCAUGGAUUGAUUCGGGAAAAUCUGCUCGCACUGGGCGAGUUCAACGUAAUCAACGUUGAUUGGGGCGCCGGCGCUCAGACCAUCAACUACAUUCAGGCAAGGAAUCGCGUUGGUCCGGUUGGAGAGAUGGUAUCCCGGUUUAUUGACUUGCUAGUGACGGAGGGUGGGGCAUUAGCCUGUGGGGCAUCGCUGGAUGACAUCUCUGUGACCGGAAGCAGCCUGGGGACUCACUGCGCAGGCAAUGCUGGCAAAUUCCAACAGGGUCGGAUCAACACCAUAAUUGGAAUGGACCCAGCGGGACCAUUGUUUUCGCUUGGUCAACCGGAUAUCAUGGAUCGGAGCGAUGGCCACUACGUGGAAGCAAUAUACACCAAUUCGGGUCUGCUAGGUUUCGAUCUUCCGUUGGGCCAUGUCAACUUCUACCCCAAUGGAGGACGAUCGCAGCCGGGUUGUGGAAUCGACAUUACCGGAAAUUGUGCCCAUACGCGAGCCCAUCAAUAUUUUGCGGAAUCGAUAGGGUCACCGUUGGGCUUUGUUGGACGGCGUUGCGCAUCGCACGAAGAAAUACUUGCUGGUGUUUGCACGGAGAGUGGGCCUUCUGUGCUGAUGGGAGGCGAACCGUCCAAUUAUGGUAAGGGAGUGAGCGGCUACUAUCAUCUUACUACCAAUGCGCAAUCGCCAUUUGCAAUGGGGUGAAGAGAAAGUGUACAACCGUAGAUAUAAUAAACGCAUAUACCUGA